AAACCUGGUACUGAGAGUUCACAUCUAGGGCAGAAAUUCAUCAUGUGGAAAAACAAUAUGGACAAUCAAAGAUGUUCAGAGUGUGAGAAUUUCAAUCCCAAUCCCGUUUAUGGUUUGAAUGAAGCACAGCUAGAUAUCCUGGGACAGCGCAGGUGGAAGGCGCAUCGGACAAUUUGGGCAAAGCUGAAGGAGGAGCGCUGGUGUUCAGGUCCAAGACUGAAGAGCUGCUUUCUGUCUAUUGCACCUCUCUUGUCAUGGCUGCCACAGUACUCACUCAGGAAAAACGCUAUUGGAGAUUUGAUAUCAGGAAUCAGUGUGGGAAUCAUGCAUCUGCCACAAGGGAUGGCUAAUGCUUUGUUGGCUGCAGUUCCUCCAGUGUUUGGUCUGUAUUCUUCCUUCUACCCUGUUCUCAUCUACUUCAUGUUUGGAACAUCCAGACACAUCUCUGUGGGUACUUUUUCUGUCCUUUCCAUCAUGGUCGGUACGGUGGCUGGUGAUGUUGUGUUGGCAGGCGGCGGAGCAGAGAGUGAUGAGAUUGAGGCUGAAAGUGCUAGAGUUGCCUUUGCAGCUCAGUUGACCAUUCUGUGUGGACUGAUACAGAUUGUGCUGUAUGUGCUGCGUUGUGGAGGGGUGUGUCGGUGGUUGUCUCAGCCGUUGGUCAGUGGAUACACUAUGGCAGCUGCUGUCCAUGUGACUGUUCACCAGCUGCCUUUACUGAUGGGCAUCUCCAUAGUCAGACACAGAGGCGUCUUUGCUGUGUUCUGGAUGAUUUCAAACAUUGUGACUGGAAUCAGCAGAGUGUUACUGGCAACACUGGUAGUGUCCCUUGUCUCCCUGGUGAUACUUGUUGGUGGAAAGAUGGUGAAUUCACGGUGGAGCUCUCGAUUUCCCAUUCCAUGGGAGUUGGUACUGAUUAUCUUUGCCACUGUGUCGUCAGUGCAGUUUGAUCUGUCUGGUCAGUAUGGAAUACAGAUUGUUGGACCCAUACCAACCGGUCUCUCACCUCCCUCCCUUCCAUCAUUUUCUGUCUCUCAGGAGCUGUUAUUGACAGCUCUUGCGUUGGCAGUGGUGGGCUAUGGUUUCCAAGCUUCAUUGGGCAUGAUGUUUGCUCAUAAACAUGGGUACCCCUUUCACAGCAACCAGGAGCUGUUGGCUAUGGGUUUGUGUAACUCCAUAGGCGGGAUGUUCCAGUGCUUUCCAGUAAGCGGCUCCAUGUCUCGCAGCGCAGUACAGGAGAGUACAGGCGGACAAACUCAGGUUUCUUCUCUGGUGUCUGCACUGAUCAUUCUUUUGAUCUUGUUAAAGUUUGGCCCCCUUUUUCAGCAGUUACCAAAGACAGUUUUGGCUGUCAUUAUUUUAGUGAAUCUGCAAGGGGUUUUUGUACAAGUCAAAGAUGUGCCUAAACUUUGGAAUACAGACCGCUUGGACCUGGUAGUGUGGGUAGUGACGCUGUUCAGUGCUUUGGUGUUUAAUCUGGACCUGGGGCUUGGCAUUGCAAUUGUUUUCUCUCUGUUUACCAUCGUCUUCAGGACACAGCAGCCCAGAUCUGCUGUUCUUGGACAUAUUGCUGGCACAGACUGUUACAGGGAUCUGGAGAAAUACUCAAAGGCACACCAGAUCCCUGGAGUGACUGUGUUUUCCUGUUGUAAUCCACUUUACUAUGCCAAUGCAGACCAGACCUUCACAUCACUCAAACAGACAAUUAGUAAUGACAUUAAUGAGAAUCCUGAAGUACAACCUCCAGACCAGCAGGGGGCUCAGUGUGCACAGCACUGUGUUAUUCUGGAGCUCAGUGGAGUCACCUUCAUGGACUCAGUGGCCAUAGGCUCAUUCAAAUCAGUGCUUCAGGAUUUUGAGAACACGCAGACCUUGUUUUUCUGUGCUUCAUGUCCAGAUGGUUUACUAUCUCAGAUGAAGAAUCAUGGUUUUGUUCCAGAUUUUCUGUCUCUUUCUUCAUUUUUUCCUUCAGUUCAUCAUGCAAUCCUGCACUUCCAGGGGCUACAGAACACAGGCACAGAUGUUACAGAGCUGUGACCUUUAAUGACCUCCCUGCCUGAACGAUGAACCUGCAAACCUCAAACAAUCCCUCACUACUGAGCUUCAGAAGUGACACUUCUAGAAAGAUUGGAAAAGGAAUGCAAGAACUUCCAAUUUUGAUUUAAUGAUUUGCAGCAUUUAUCUGGAUUUAAGGUGAUGUGCGGCAACCAUAGACUGUGACGGCAACAGAUGCUUGUCUAUCGGCUAUUGCAGUGCUUCUCCGGACUCUGGUCCGGAUCUGGACCCGGAGGGAAUUCAGUCCGGACCCGCCUCCAUUUCG